GUCGGUCAGUUUAUUAUGUUACACAAGAUGGCUGCGCGCUUCACCCUUCAGUCCGUGAUGCUCUUCAGGGGGCUGCGAGGAACCUGUAAACUGCACAACCACAGAUCUGCUGCUCCAUCUUCAGCCGUCGGGCUCAGAUUUGUUUCUAAUGUUGUUCCACAAGACAAGCGGGCGACGAUACUGGAGUCGACGGAAGAUUACAAGUUCGUGGAGCGCCUUAUCCCGCCAUCACGAGUCCCCCACCCGCCUAAGCACGAAGGGCCCUCCCCAUCUGGCUGGAUCCCUCCAGCAGAUUCACCGCCGUGUCUACCGUACAUGAUCCGGCGUUCCCGCAUGCACAACAUCCCGGUUUACACCGACUUGACACACGGGAACCGCAGGAUGACGCUGGUACGGAAGGUGGAGGGGGACAUUUGGGCUCUGGAGAAGGACGUGAAGGAGUACCUGAAGGAGCUGACGGGAAAAGAGCUGCCAACGCAAGUCAACGAGGUCACCAUGACACUGAAGGUGAAAGGGCACUUUGACAAAGAGCUGAAGGACUGGCUGAUCAGCAAAGGCUUCUGACCAAGGAGGAGAUGGAGCUGCUGGACUCACGUGGAGCAGGGGACUGAAGACAUCCAACUACAGACCUUAAGCCUGCCUGUAUCCACACUGAAGGCCAGCUUUCAGCAACUACCACGUGGAUGGACUCUGGCACCACAGAGCUCUAAUCACAUGGUGUUAAAAUGUGUAAAUACUUAUCAGUGUAACAUUAAAGAUUUAAGUACA